GACUUGUCGACCAUACAACGGCACUGUCUGUAAGGAUUUUAUCUCUGGCGAUGCUGUAUUUUAUGAUCUUUUGGUCACCAACUUCGAAAAGAGCGAAGCGCUAAUGAAUAGUGUCAAAGUUAUAUUUGAUGGCUUCUCAGUGUCGAAGAAUUGUUAUGAUUUUGCGUAUCCGCUCAUCUGUCACUUUGUCUUUCCACCGUGUCGUACGAAUGUUUCUAUUCCAACAAAGCGAGGGAUUUGCAAGGGAGACUGCUUGACGGCAAGUACUGAACUCUGUCCAUCGUUGUGGACUGCCAUACAGGAUCCAAAUCAGGCACUGAAUUUUGGACAUCUGGGAGCGCCUAACUGUGCAGAUCUUCGCGAUAUGAAUGGUGGCGAUGAAGACGAGUGUAUCGGGGUAUCUGAUGUGUUACCACCAGGAGACAGAGAAAACAUGGAAUUAACAGACAAUUGUGUAAUUGGCAAGGGACGAGGCUACAAAGGCACAGUCAACGUCACAAAGUCUGGUCGUCUAUGUCAACACUGGAAUGUGCAGUCACCUCAUGCCCAUUCGCUUCUCUCGACCGAUUAUCCUGACGAUCUGACCGAUGCGCAAAACUACUGUCGUAACCCUGGAGGUAGAGCACCUGAUGGUUUGUGGUGUUACACAAAUGAUCCAUCCGUGCGAUGGGAGUAUUGCAACAUAUCAAAAUGUGAUCCCGAAUACUCUUGUCAGCAAUACGCAGGCAGCCUGUGUCGUGACUUUGUAUGGACCAAUGAUCUUGUGUUUGUCAAUCGAAGUCUUGGGACUCAGGCCGAGUUAGAGAUGUCUGUACAGAAGCUGAAUGACACGUUUUCUGGAUGCUGGACGUCGUUUCUUCCGUUAGUAUGUGGAUUGGCUUUUCCGCCUUGUGAUAAGUCGACGGAUAUAGUGUGGCCUCGUCGUGUUUGCCGUCAAUAUUGUGAGUAUGUAAGGGACCAAAAGUGUUCACAACAGUGGGAUGCAACCUUCAAUAAUCGUACUCUACUGCUGGAUAUUGAUCCACUGCCAAUUCCCGACUGUGAUUUAUUACCAAGUGUUAAUGGAGGUGAAAGCCCAACGUGUCUGAUAGGAGUUGACUACAAUGCUCCAAGUUUAACAGUUUACAACACAACAAACGAUUGCUACGACGACAACACAGAUGGCCGGACGUAUCGAGGUCAAGUGUCCUCUACCAUAACUGGAAUAGAAUGCCAAGACUGGAGAGCACACUACCCACACGAUCACUCAUUUACUGAAUUUGUAAAUUUCACGACACUCGGGAUUGACUUCGAAAAUAACUACUGCCGAAACCUCGAGGGAAGAGGAGAUAGACCUUGGUGUUUCACAAUUGAUGCAAACGUUCGAUGGCAAUACUGCAGUGUGCCGCGAUGUGGAGGGGAACUGCUUCCAGCCAACAUAACAAUUUUUCCAAAAGAAUCACUGAGAGUCAAUGUCGGUGAGAACAUAACGUUGGAAUGCAGAGGUGGUGGUUUUCCUAUACCAACAAUUCAGUGGUCACAUUCUGUAAACGAUUCUGGGAGAGUUAUUAUUGAGUCACGUCCAGGAUAUUCUCGUCUCACAGUUGUUCGUGCUGCUGUUGCUGAUACAGGCGUGUAUACUUGUACGGUUAGCAACGAAGGCACGUCAUCGUUGGGGAAAUCUGUUACCGCAGUAUCAAAUGUUCAAGUCAUCGUUGCACAUGCUUCAUUUGUUUUUGCGUUGGGUCUAAUUACGUUUCUUCUUUCUUUUGCAGAUCCUAAAGUUGGUUACGUAUGUGCACCAUACAAUGGCACUGCUUGUAAUGAUGAGCUCGGUGGUAGCAUGGUAUUUUAUGAUCUGCUCAAGACGUCAUUUCAAGUCAGUGAGAUAUUGAUGAGAAACUUGCGCCAAGUCUUUUUGCAAACAUAUAAAACACAAAAUUGUUUGGACUUCUCAUAUCACAUGUUGUGUAACUAUGUAUUUCCACCAUGUCGUGUUGCUGCGUCUCCCACGGCUCGUCCAAUUUGCAAGGAAGACUGCAUAACGGGCAGUCUGGAGCUCUGUCUGUCUGUCUGGAAUUCAAUAUUGGUGGUAAUCUCGUUGGUGGACACCGCUCAUCUUGGAACGCCUUCGUGUGAUCCCUUGCCAUACCAGAAUGGUGGAGAUGUUUCAGAAUGCAUAGGGAGAUCAGAUGUGUUGCCUCCAGCAGAUAGGAUGAACACAAUAGAAACAGAGGCUUGCGUUUAUGGUAGGGGACGAGGGUAUGUAGGAAACGUAAGUGUCACGAAGUCGGGAUAUACUUGUCAACAGUGGGAUGUACAAGUACCACAUGCACACUCUUUGCUUCCGGCGGUUUACCCACUUGAACUGAGUGAUUCCCAAAACUAUUGUCGUAAUCCUGGCGGACGAGGACCAGAUGGACCGUGGUGCUACACAACGAAUCCAUCUGUUCGAUGGGAAUACUGUAAUAUUCCCAGAUGUGAAAAGGGACGUUUGUGUGAAGUGUACAAGGGCAACGUGUGUAAGAAGUCUUUGGCAGGCAACAAAGUUUUUGUGGAUGCAUCGAUUGGCGAUCAGGCUGCUGUUGAGAAAGGCUUGGAGAACUUUGUGACGGCAUUUGAACGAAAAGGCACAACAGAUCAAUGUCGUGAAAUUAUUCUGGAGUUAACAUGUGGAACUGGAUUUCCCAUGUGCGAUUUAUCAACAGAUAUCAGACGCCCACUUCCAGUUUGUAGAGAAUACUGUGAAUAUGUUCUAAACGAAAUGUGUCUAAAUGACUUCAGGGACAUCAUGAACGUUUUACCAUUGCUAGACGUUGCACCAUUGCCGGUGCCCAACUGCAGUGUAUUGCCAAGCAUGCAUGGAGGAGACACCCCAACUUGUAGAAUUUUUGGAAGCACAUUUAAUGCUCCGAAACUAGGAACUCGAGAAAAUAAUGAGACAACUACCUGCUAUGUUGGAUAUGGUCAGUCUUACCGAGGAACGGUGGCUCAAACCGAGUCUGGUCGACAGUGUCAAGCUUGGCGUUCUCAUUAUCCACACAACCACACACUAGAUCACGACACAAAUUUUACUGCGAUUGGCAUCACUGAUUUCGAGCAAGUCUUCUGUAGGAAUCCAGGAGGUAGAGCAGACAAGCCGUGGUGUUAUACGACAGAUCCCAACGUUCGGUGGGAGAGGUGCAAUGUAUCGAAGUGCGAAAUGCCAAUAGAAAUGCCAACAGAGGAGGAACCCAUCAAGUCUAGUUCUAGUAGCUUUGCUGUGAUUGUUGGUGCAGCGGUUGGAGGGACUUUUAUUAUCCUUCUGAUAAUAAUCAUAUUGGGAGUUGUCAUCAGCAAACGUCGUGCUAGACACAUGGGUGCAGUCGGGCUGAAUGGGCUGAACGAUCUCGUCAUCGGCAAUCGCACGAGUUCGCGGCGUCGAUCACAGAUUCGUAGCAAUCCUCACUAUCACCCAUUGCCACUGGACGAAGACUUACUAAAGCUUGAAUAUCCUGUGGAAGACUUGGAAUAUCUGGAGCAUCUAGGAGAAGGUUACUUUGGCAAAGUGUUUAAAGGGAACGCUAAAAAGAUUGUGUCGGGUCAAGAAUAUACUAUAGUUGCUGUGAAGACUUUGAAAGAGGGAGCAUCGGAUUCAUCAAGGCGAGACUUUGAGCGAGAAUGCAAGCUACUGAGUGAAUUCCAAAACGACAACAUUGUUCGACUUCUUGCCGUGUGCAUGGCAGCAGAGCCACAGUGUAUGAUUUUUGAGUUUAUGUCACAGGGCGACUUGAACGAAUUCCUUAGAUCUCGGUCUCCUCACGAUAUGGCCGUUACAGUGAAGAAGGCACUCGCCGAGGGUGCGUCACCGCCUGAGCCGUUGACCGAGUCCGAUCUGGUUGAUAUUUGUAGACAGAUUGCCGGAGGUAUGAGCUAUUUGAGUCAAAGGCAUUACGUUCAUCGAGAUCUAGCCACUCGCAAUUGCUUGGUCGGUGACGACUUGGUAGUAAAGAUUGCCGACUUUGGCAUGAGUCAGGAUCUCUAUAGCUCGGACUACUACAGAGUGGGUGAGAAUGCCAUGUUACCCGUUCGAUGGAUGCCACCGGAGGCUAUCAUAUAUGGGAAGUUUACGGUCGAGAGCGACGUCUGGUCUUAUGGUGUUGUUAUGUGGGAGAUAUUCAGUUACGCCAUGCAGCCGUAUUUUGGACUAUCAAAUGAGGAAGUUGUCGAUCGAGUUCGACACGGAACGGUUCUUGAGAGACCGGACCAUUGCCCCACCAACGUGUACGAGAUCAUGAAACGGUGUUGGAUCAAGGAACCGUUCAACCGUCCUGCAUUUGCCGUUUUGGAAAAUCAUCUCGAACGAUUCCUACAGGGAGAGAAACCUUCGCCACCUGCGACUCCAUCUCACUCAUACCAGAACCUCCGAUCCAUUCAACAGUAUGCAUCAGAGACAUCCCUAAAGAAGCCAACCGCCAAUCCAACCUACGAUCGACCUCGUCUUUCAUUUGACCAUUCCAGUGGCACUCCCGAAACGCAUCGAUCCUCAGCACUGGCAUCCCUGGUAAUCCCACCUGCUGCACUGAACGAGGAGGAGCCUCCUCCGCCACCACCAGAAGAAGACAUCGCACUACCUCCACCAUCUCCUAACACAUUCAAUGCUCCAGUCAGUUCACAAAGUGUCACCAGCUCGAGUUUGUAUGACCGUCCCAGGUUGUCACUGAAGAGAGAUGAGGAAGACGAUGCCUACAGGUACACAAACAGCUUGGCAGCUAAUGGAGCCAGCACAAACAAUCCUGUGAUGUUAAAGACAUUGUCUGGCGGUGAUAGACAUUCCGAGCCUCAUUAUCCGGAGAAAUAUGAACAUUAUGUUAGACCUAGUACUUCCCUCUCCAUUCAAAACACAAGGUCAGAGACACACGAGACGCCGUGGACUUACUUCCCUUCGCGUGUCGUCCGACGGGUAGAAACGUGUGCGACAUCUCGCGCACGAGACGAGACGAAACUAUGCGGCGGUCGAGACGAAUGUUUCCUUACCCGGAUAUUCGAACUACCAGUGCGUGCUUCCUGUCUGACAUGCUUAGUUGGCGACGUCGACGCGAUGGCAGAGGCAGUGCGGUGGUUAGCAACGUUCGCGUUUGUCAUGGCGGCGAGUGUCGUUGCCGCACAAGAUGUAGAUAAGCCGACACAUUUUCGAGUAACGCGAACGACUGCCACCUCUCUGGAAGUCUUCUGGGACAUGCCGACGAACGGAGACUUUGUAGAGUUUGGAGAGUUCUCGUUGAGGUACAACACUGGAUUUAGAGACAAAUACGAUCAGGCCGAGGGAGGGAGACUGAGCUCUCGGGCUCGAACGUUCGUGUACAGAGAUCUGAAACCGAAUACGAAGUAUUACCUCAAGAUCCAGGCUCUGAUGCGCGGCCAGCGCAAAUCGGCGACUACAGAGGCAAAGACAUUACCGGAAUGGAAGCCGACGGCUCCUUCGUCGCAGGCAAAGAGAUGCGAGGAAUACACCGGCAGUGUGUGCAGUCAGUAUUUACGAGGCCGUCUGGUGUAUGUUGAGAACACGACAGAUCAGGCCGCAAUGGAGUCAAUAGCUAAACAGGCAUUGGGUGCCUUAAAUCGGGAUUGUCACCAUGCUGCAGAGGCUGUGGUGUGUCAGAUGGUGCUGAAGCCGUGCCAUGUUGAAGAGUGGCUUGAUUCCAGGUUCUUCAAUGCCGUGCCAAGAUCUGUUUGUGGUGAAGACUGUAACAGAGUCAAGACGGCGUGUGCUCCAGCUGUGUGGAAUGAAGUCGAGAACACAUUGGAACAACACAAAGCUGUAGUGGUGAAUGCUACCUGUGGUGACCUACCCAGAGCUAAUGGUGGUGAUUUCCCAGAGUGUGUCUCCUUUGGAGCUCUAGAGGCUAACGACAAUGGAAAUGCUGCUUCCUGUUACUAUGGCAAGGGAGAAGGAUACCAAGGCACUAUACACAUCACCGAAUCAGAGAGGACGUGUAGUAGUUGGGUUAUGGGUAAUGAUUCACAUGGCGUCACUCAACGAUUUGGUAUAUCGCUACAGCAAGCGAAGGACAUGAAGAACUACUGCCGUAAUCCUCAAGGAAGAGGCAGCCGGCCGUGGUGUUACGUUGGUGGCUCGAAUCGAUGGGAGUAUUGUUCGAAGACGUUACCUCAGUGUGGUCAAGAGGUCUUGUGUGAAAAACCAGAAACCGAUGGCCGAAUAUGCCUGACUUUACAGGGUUAUCGAGGUUUUGAUAUUUAUAUGGACGUGGCAGGCGGAAAAACACAGAAAACGGUCAACGAUCAGGUCGACAGCGUAUUACAGAAGUUGCACUUGUUUGUAGACACGGACGGCGCAGCACAACAUUGUGCUACAAGGGCAGCAAGGAUUAUGUGCUACAUGUCUCUUCCUGUGUGCGUUCAAGACGCGAAGGGAGCUAUACACAAACGUCACGUGUGUCGAGAGAACUGCGAAUCCUACAGGAAGGACUGUCCACUGAUGGCGCCAGAGCUCGACAAAUACUUUACUGAAUCUGUUCACUCGGUCCUCGACUUGACGUUUCUCAGGUGGCCGAUCAAUUGUUCGAGUUUGCCUGCAAAGAAUGGAGGUGACUUUGUAGAGUGUGUCGACGAGUCUGUUGAUGGGAAAACGGAUGGAAACAUUAUGGAAACCGUAUUACCAGUCAAUGCAUCAGAACAGUGCUACUGGGAGCAAACGGGCAAUAUGAUCAAUAAUGGAAUCUCAUACAGAGGAGUGAGAGCGAAGACAAAGAGCGGGUUCAUCUGUCAACCGUGGAACUCCAGCUAUCCGUACGACAACCCAUUUGUACACACGAUUGAUCUCUACCCGGACGAACUGACGGAGAACUAUUGUCGGAAUCCGGAUCGACGGUCCAAUGAGCCGUGGUGCUACACGAAGAAUCCGAAAGUACGAUGGGAACGAUGCGACAUCAUGAAAUGUGGUAGGUCAUGUUGUGUAUCCGUUCUAUUCUUUGUGUGCACCUUCUAUACUUCACACACUACUAUAGAUCCUGCACCGCCAUCCGGAUCAGAUGAGUCCGGAGAGAAUUUUACGAUCGACGGCAGUAACGUUGAGAACAGUGUGAUGACCGACUCGAGUACGACCGUGUUGGCGAUCGUUGGCGGUAUUGCCGGAGCAUUUCUCAUCACCGUGUGCAUCGUCUCAGUUCUCUACGUUGUGCAUCGACGCAAAGUGAUUACCGCUCGAUCAAAUUCGCUUCCCAUUAGCCUGAUGGCACUCAAUCGAGGCCGAACGAAUAGUUCAGCGAUCGAGCAUAAUCCGUACUAUUUGACGCAAGAGAGUCUGUCUUGUCGUGAAGUCGAUCCGGAUAGGAUCGUGUUUGUCGCCGAGUUGGGCGAGGGAAACUUCGGGAAGGUGUUCAAGGGUCUCGUUCAAGGUUUUAACGACAGCGAGGAGGCAACGACGGUGGCUAUCAAGACACUGAAGGUGGACUCAAACGAUCACAUGCGGAAGGAGUUUUUCCACGAGGCGCAGUUGAUGAGCAACUUCAAUCAUAAGAACAUUGUGCGGCUGCUCGGUGUCUGUGUAGAGAACAGCGCCAUGUUGUGUAUGCUGUUUGAGUACAUGGAAUUGGGAGACUUGAAUAAUUAUUUACGUGAGCACAACCGACGAAUCAGCAAUAGCGAUCCGGCUGCCAAUACAAAGCGGGGAUAUUAUUACAGCACGACGACGGCGACGGCUGAGAUGCUCGAGAGCUGCUCGUCGGAGUCGGUCGGCGACAAGCCGUUGGACAACGAUCGUCUAGUGCAUGUUGCCGUGCAGAUUGCGGCCGGGAUGUACUACUUAGCGCAUCGUCGGUACGUCCAUCGUGAUCUGGCCACGCGGAAUUGUCUCGUGUCUAACGGUCUGAUGGUGAAGAUCGCCGACUUUGGUAUGAGUCAGGAUAUCUACAGUACGGAUUACUAUCGAGUCGGUGGUGCCGCGCUCUUACCGGUCCGUUGGAUGCCUCCGGAGGCGAUCAUCUACGGGAAGUUCACGGUCGAGAGCGACGUCUGGUCUUUUGGUGUCGUCAUGUGGGAGAUAUUUUCGUAUGCGAUGCAGCCGUACUUUGGAUUCUCGAACGAGGAGGUCGUGGACACAGUUCGUCGUGGACGCCUCUUGUCGUGUCCGGACAAUUGUCCAUCGCAAAUCUACUCACUAAUGAAAGAGUGUUGGAACAUGGAGCCGGAAGAGAGGCCGAGCUUCAAGAAGUUAUACAGGAGAUUGAGCGAGUGGGGCAAAACAGACACGGGUCGUCACUACACGACACUGACAUCGAGUGUGACGACGUUCGAAGAAGAAGAGUCGCAACACGGAAGUGACGAAGGUCAUGACGAUGUUUUCGAGCGUGGAGAAGGUCUCCACGUCGAGCUGCCGCAGCCACAGUUGCAGAGCGAGCGGGCGUCGUCGCUCAACGAAGAGGAACAAAAUCAUAAGAGACCGAAUGGUCACGUGACUAGUGAAACGAACAGCAACAUAACGAACGGAACGAUAGUCAACGGACACAUGGCAAAUGGUGAUACAGAGAAACGGCGUGUGAGCACCGAGUUGUGAGUUGUUGAUAGCACAAGAGUCUAAGAUAUAGCAAUACUCAAUAGGUAGAUGGUACCAUGUAAUCUCUCCCUACCCCCCUCCGAGUCAGACAUAGUCAAUAAAUUGCCAUGAUUGAUUAGCUACAUUAGUUUUAUGUAUAGAGAGGUUUGUGACUGGCUUGUCUUUAUUUCGAGUUUUGAUUCACUUUUGGAUAUAUUGUAGAGUCUUUAUGUCGUAGAUUUCAGAAUUUAUUAUGACGAUAGAAGAACAUACCGAUACAUACUA